AUGGACAAAGCAAUUUGGCUACUGGUUGUAACACAGUACAUAUUUCAGACAUCAAGUGGUCUGAAGUGUGGCCAAGUAAAGAAAACUUCUAGAACAGUUUUGUUGGAGUGGCCAGAAUUUCCAAAAGGAAGGCAUCCAGAUUUUUAUGUUGUAACCUACCACCUCACAGAUGACUUUGUUCAAAAAAAUGUGAAAAGUGUUUCUACAAUCCAAGUAAAAGCACAGAAUGUUACAAUUCUUCUUGAAGAAGAGAGGAAAUACAAUGUGAUGGUACAGUCGCUGAAGAAUGGGAAAAUUCUAUAUGCAGAAUCAUUCAAGACAUAUGGAAUUUCAGACAAUAUUGUCAAAACACAUGCAACAAGUACAAGUGUCUUGUUUAACUUGAGUAUACUGGCUGAUGAUUUUUCCAUUGAAAUUUCACAUAAUAACAUUUCUCAGAUGCUUAAACAUAACGAAGUCUUCUAUGAAUGGACUGAUCUGAGGCCUGCAACUUUGUACAUGUUUACCCUUGAAUUUAAACAACUUCAUUUGGAAUUUAUUAAUGUGUCUCAAAUACUGGAUGUUGAAAUUGAAACAGGUUCAUGUUCAGAUGGCUGGACAGCUUUCAAACAGAACUGUUAUAAAGUAAGUAAAGAAAGCCUGCCAUGGAGUAUGGCACAACAAAACUGUGGAUUAUUUUCAAGCAGAGCACAUCUUGUUGAUAUAAGAAAUAAAGAAGAACAUACAUUUUUGGCUUCUUAUCUGCAGUCAUUCAAUCAAUUAAUCAUGCUAUGGACAGGUCUUAAUGACAUUAAGGAUGAAGGACUUUUCUUAUGGACAGAUGGCUCUCUAUAUCUUGGGAAAUCUGAACUCUCUUCUCUGUCAAUGAUACCAGAAAAUGAGACAGAUUGUUAUGCUUUCCAGAGAAAUCCCGCUGCUCCAGAUUACUUCUUCGUGGGGUUUUUCUGCUAUAUCCCAUUGCCAUAUAUUUGCAAAUAUGAGUUAUCUUCUGUUCCUGAGAACUUCACAUUUAAGGUGCAGGAAGUCGACACAAAUGAAGCAGCGCUUUUUUGGAGCAAUUUGAAUGGCUGGCUUAAUUCAGGCUUUCAGCUCAAAAUUAAAUACUAUUAUGAACAUUCAGAACAAUAUUUUGAAACUUUUACUCUAAAUUCUACCCACACACAAAUUUUGCAGUUGUGCCCUGGUCAUAUUUAUAAAUUUUUAUUGUCAGCAAGGAGCCCUGAAGGGGAACAAGUUAGCUUACAUCCAGUCGUGAUGGUAGAGACAAGACCAUUAUAUUUACACCAUGUAAAGGCAACACGGGUGACAUCAUCAGAAAUAGUUUUGGAGUGGGAAUCUAGAAUCAGCUCAUGUAAUGCAACUUUUCAUCACUACUUAGUUAGCAUCUUGGAUAGCAAAACAACAAAGUGGGGAAUGAUUCCAUUUGGAAAAAUGAACACUUCUGCUGUAAUUGGAAAUAUCAAACCAUACCAUCAGUAUCAGGUACAUCUUCAGAGUGUUGCUGAAAAGGGAACUCUAAGCUGCUAUGAGGAUCCUAUGCUAAUUAUAACAGGUGUCAGCCCACCUACUAACUUAUUCAUCCAUCCAGAGGAUAUAGGAGAGGACCAUGUAACUAUCUACUGGAAACUGCCACAAGAGGGCGAAGAAUCCUACAUUCAAGCUAAACCAUUUUCAGUCAAGGAUAAAAGCAUGAUGUUUUUAGUAAACAACACAGAGAGAUUUAAAAUUGAACCCCUAAUACCUGGAAUGACUUAUGAAAUAGGAGUGGCCACAGUGACCAGUGGAAAUAGGAGUGAUCUGAAUACCAUUCAAUGCACUCUUAAACCCAAACCAGUACAGAUUGUCAUCCCUUAUGAAGUUCAUAGUAAUUCUGUAGUUUUGUUUGUUCAAAUGCCUACUGUUGGAUUAACUGAUGGUAUACAUGUCAUGAAGAAAGGAGGCCCUAAUACAACAUCAACUUUAUUGACUGAUGGGAAAGUAACUAUAGAAAACUUAACUCCAGGCACAGAAUAUGAUUUCUAUAUUUCCACCACCAGUGGAAGUAUGUUAAGUUCUUUAUACCACCUGCCAGCAAUAAGAACAUGUCUUACAGUUCCACUAAAUAUACGUGAAGGCAGAGUUACAGAUAUUUCAAUACAGAUUAUUUGGGAUCAGGCAGCUGGAAACUUUCAGCAGUAUGAAGUGACAUGCACAAAUUGUGCAGGUACUUUCAUGGUCCAAAAAGUCAAGAAAGAAAUUGCAGAAUUUUCCAAUCUAACCCCUGGCUUGAAAUAUAACUUUACAAUUAAAACGGAAAAAGAGGGAUACAAAGACAGCCUUCCUGUAAGCAUACAAAUAGAUACAGUGCCAAGCUCAGUUAAACAUGUGAAUUUCAAUAAGGACUCUAAGUCAAUAACUGUUACCUGGCCACCAGUACUAGGUGUAUUUGAUGGAUACAUCAUUACACUGAUUUGCAAAAACUACAGCAACAUUACAUUGGCUUGCAAAAACUAUAGUAAAGAAGAAAGGCCAUCUUCAGACAUAAGAAAGUUCAAAUUUGAUGGUCUUUCUCCGGGAGCUGAUUACUUUAUUAAAAUUAUUACUACUAAUAGAUUAAAGAGAAGCCUCCCCACCACUCUGAGAAUUAGCACUUAUCCAGAUCCACCUGUAGAUUUACAGGCUUUUGGAGUAGAAGAGAAUGCAGUUUACUUGUCAUGGGAAUUGCCAGGUGGGGGCUAUGAUAAUUUUGAGCUUUCUUAUGGCUUGGCAGCAAGCAGUGACACUCCUCAUACAAUCACAGUUCCUGCUUGCAGGGCUGUAGUGAAAAAUCUGAUGCCUGGAGCAGACUACAACUUUCAAGUAAAGACAAUUAAAGGGAACGAUUUCAGCACAGCUGUGAGGAAAAAAAUCACUACAAAACCAAAGGGGAUAUGUGGUCUAACCUUAACACUGGUAAAUACUUCCUCUGCCACAUUAAUGUGGAAUCCAAGCAAGACAAAUUUCACCCAUUAUAAAGCAACUGUAUCAAACAGUACAUUCACAAAGGAAUAUACUGUAUUAGGAAAUCAGACACAUCACACCGUUGCAGAUCUGACUGCUGGUGGGAUUUAUAAUUUCACAAUCCAGAGAGUAAAAGGCAGUGUUGAAGGUGUGAUUGCCUUUACUCAAAUUAUUGCAGAGCCUGAAAUGCCGCAGAAACUAAAAGUCUUCAACUUGUCAUCACAUUCCUUUUCUCUGUGCUGGAGGCUACCUCGUGGAUAUGUGGAAAGGUUUCAUGUGCGUCUCAUACCUCUUCAUGGCUUUGUUUCUAUCCAAGAUGUGGGAGGUGGGGAGUAUCAGGCUGAUUUUUCAAGCACCACUCCCGGAACAACAUACAAUGUGACUAUUUCUUCAGUUACCUCUUCAGUGUACAGCUCACCUGUCAGCAAAACAGUGACAACUAAUGUAACUAAUCCAGGACCUCCUGUUUUCCUUGCGGGGGAAAGAGUUGGAUCUGCAGGAAUUCUCCUCUCUUGGAACACACCACCACAUCCAAAUGGGAGGAUUAUAUCCUACAUUGUUAAAUAUAAGGAAGUUUGCCCUUGGAUGCAAAAUACUUACACUCAAGUUACAACAAAGCCGGAUAGUUUGGAGGUCCUUCUUACCAAUCUUAAUCCUGGAACAACUUAUGAAAUUCAGGUUGCUGCUGAAAACAGUGCUGGUAUUGGAGUAUUUAGUGACCCAUUUCUCUUUCAAACUGCAGAAAGUGCUCCAGGGAAAGUAGUGAAUCUCACAGUUGAAGCAUUCAACCAUUCAGCUGUCAAUCUGAUUUGGUUUCUGCCUCGGCAGCCAAACGGAAAAAUAACCAGUUUUAAAAUUAGUGUGAAGCAUGCACGGAGUGGGAUAGUAGUGAAAGAUGUCUCUGUUAAAGUAGAGGAUCUUCUAUCUGGACGGUUACCAGAGUGUAACGAUAACAGCGAAUCAUUUUUGUGGAGUACUACCACUCCUUCAACUACUUCUAGUAAACCUACUAUAUUUAUCCCAAGUACAGUUGCUCCCAGCAAAAUGAGCUCUGUCUGGAAUGAACCUAUCAGUUUUGUUGUGACUAAUCUCAGGCCAUACACUACUUACCUUUUUGAAGUUUCUGCAGUUACCAUUGAAGCAGGUUACAUUGACAGUGCAAUUGUAAGGACACCAGAAUCAGUUCCAGAAGAUCCACCUCAAAAUUUUGUCAGAGGCAACAUCACUGGAAAGUCUUUCUCAGUUUCUUGGGAACCACCAACCAUUGUUACUGGAAAGUUUAGCUACAGAGUUGAAUUAUAUGGACCAUCUGGCCAUAUUUUGGAUAACAGCACAAAAGACCUCAAGUUUACCUUUAAUAAUCUAAUACCAUUCACAACAUAUGAUGCUUUUGUUGCUGCUGAGACAAGUGCUGGGGUGGGGCCAAAGUCCAACCUAACUGUUUUCACACCUGCAGGAGUUCCUGGACCUGUAUUUGAUUUGCAUGUGGCAGACGAAGCAGCAACCUUUAUUAGAAUUGCUUGGAAGAAACCACAGCAACCAAAUGGAAUCAUCACACAGUACAGAGUAAAAGUUUUGCUUGAGGACACAGGGGAAACUCUUGAAGAUACAAUUCUAACAGAAAAAAAUAAGCAUUUUAUUGAAUCUGUGGAUCCAGAUUUGAUAAAUGAAUAUACACCAUCUUUCACAUGGAAUAAAAUAGACACAGUAACCGAAGGUUCAGCUGAGAUGUUUCCGACAGUGCACACAUUUUCUCCAGUGAAAUUUACUAGUAUAGCUGGUGAUAAUUUUCCUACUCUGAAUGAAGUUGCAGAACUACAUGCAGAAUCAGCUGAGCAGCUGUCAUAUCUUGUAAAUGGACUCCAGCCUUUCACUAAAUAUGUAAUUGCUGUGUCUGCUUUUACAAUCAUUGGAGAAGGACCACCAGCUAUUCUCAUUGCUAGGACAAGUGAACAAGUUCCAAGCUCCGUAAAAAACAUAAAUUAUAAAAAUAUUAGUUCAUCCUCAGUUUUGCUGUCUUGGGAUAUACCAAUAAAUCCCAAUGGAAAAAUCACACAUUACACAGUUUAUGCAAUGGAGCUGGAUACAAACAGAGCUUUUCACUUGACUACAUCAAAUAACAGCAUCUUAAUUACAGGUUUGAGAAAGUAUACAAAUUAUAAAAUGAGGGUAGCAGCUUCUACUACAAUAGGAGAAAGUGCUCUGUCCGAAGACAAUGAUAUUUUUGUGAGAACACCUGAAGAUGAACCCAGUUCGCCACCAAAGAAUGUCGAGAUACUAGAAGUGACAGCCACAGAAAUAAAUUUAAGAUGGUCACCACCAGAAAAGCCUAAUGGGAUCAUAACUCAUUAUGAAAUUAUAUAUGAUGAUGCCACUACUUUAAUUUUUAAAAAUACUACAGCGACAAACCUUCUUUUAAAUGGCUUGAAACCAUUCACUCUGUAUAACAUUUCUGUCCUGGCAUUCACUCGCCUUGGUCAUGGGAAUCAGUCAUCUGCCCUGUUAUCUGUACGAACGGCUGAAACUGUACCAGACUUCCCACCACAAAACAUAACCUACAGGAACAUAUCUUCUUCAGAAAUAGAGUUAUCAUUUUACCCCCCAUCUGUCCCCAACGGGAUUAUAGAGAGCUAUACUAUAUAUCUCAGAGAGGCUGAUGGAACUGAUGAAAGAAUCAUCAACACCACUCAUCUGUCACUAAUUAUUACAGGUUUAAAAAUCUAUACAAAAUACAUAGUUGAGGUGUCUUCAAGUACUGUAAAAGGGGAAGGUGCUCGCAGUGCACCGCUGAACAUAUUGACUGAUGAAGAUGCUCCUAGUUCUCCUCCACAAUUGCUCACGGUAAAACAGUUGUCUGGUGUCAAUGUGAAGUUGUCAUGGCAACCACCACUGGAGCCAAAUGGAAUUAUCCUCUAUUACACAGUUCAUGUCUGGAAUGACAUGUCAAGAAGAAGUAUUAAUGUAACAGAUACAUCACUACAGAUUGCAGAUCUUGAAAAUAACAGGGAAUAUAGUGUUUAUGUAACUGCAAGUACCAGAUUUGGUGAUGGAAGCAUGAAGAGCAACAUGACUAGUUUCAGGACAUCUGAAGGAGCUCCAAGUGACCCACCUAAAAAUGUGUGGUAUAAAAAUCUGACUUCCUCAUCAAUACAAAUAUUCUGGAAUGCUCCUCAUAAGCCCAAUGGGAUCAUACAAUUUUAUUCAGUUUACUACAAAAAUGAUUCAGGCACUUACAUACAGAAUUUUACCAGUUUCACUAUUGACAUUCUUGCUGACAACUCGACUUUGUCUACAGUAUUAAACAAUUUAGCAAAAUGGAGCCACUACACACUUUGGUUAACAGCACACACAGCGUUUGGAAAUGGAAACCAAGUCAGUGAAAUCAUCCAAUUAUACACAGAUCAAGAUAUUCCUGAUGGACCUAUUCAACAUCUGGCCUAUCAAAACAUUUCUUCCACUGCUGUAAAUAUAAGCUGGAUGCCCCCAGCCCAACCAAAUGGAAUAGUCUUUUAUAAUAUUUCGCUGACAAUACCAGGUGCUCAAAGGGACUACGAGAUUUGGUCACUCAUUUCGUAUGAUAUAAACAUAGUUUUUGAUAAACUGGAAAAAUAUACCAGUUAUCUUCUAAAAAUUACUCCGGCAACAGAAAAAGGACCAUCUGAAACACAUACUACUAUCCUGCACAUCAGAACUGAAGAAGAUGUUCCAGACUCUGAACCUAUCAUGACAUCUUACAAAAACCUUUCAUCUACCUCAGUGAUGUUAUCCUGGGAUCCUCCAGCUCUGCCAAAUGGCAUUAUAAUAAGCUAUGACUUAAAGCUUCAUGGAGCAGAAAGAAAUGAUUCUUUCACUAUCUCUGAUAAUUCAGUCAUUUUAAAAGAUCUUUCACCCUUUACACUGUACAGUUUUUUUGCUUCUGCAAGAACUGUAAAAGGACUUGGCCCAUAUGCUGUACUGAUGUUCUCUACAGAUGAAUCAGUUCCAUUGGCUCCUCCUGAGAAUCUGACAAUUAUCAAUUACACAUCUAAUUCUGUGAGGCUAAAAUGGAAUCCAAGUCCUCAGCCAAAUGGUGUUAUUAGAAGAUAUGUUUUUAACAUUUUUGAUAACAGCAGUCAAACUACAUUUUAUCAGAAUAUUUCAGGUCCACACAAUGAAGCUGAUGUUCUUGGACUUGAACCAUUCAGCAUUUACUUCAUCAGUGUUUCUGCAUUCACAAAAGUUGGAAAUGGCAAUCAAUUCAGUAACCUUGUACAAUUCACAACAAUGGAAUCAGCUCCAGAUAUUGUCCAAAAUAUCCAGUGUACUGCAACCAGUUGGCAGUUAGUCGUAGUCCAGUGGGACCCUCCUUUGAAGACAAAUGGGAUUAUUACCCAUUACAUCAUAACAUUUGGAUGGAAUUCAACAAUAGUAUCUUCUGAUAAUGAAACAGUGCAUACUUUCGGAGACUUAUUAUCAAAUACCUCUUACCAGUUUAAAAUAAAAGCUGCAACAGCUGCUGGGGAAGGAAAAGAACAGAUAUGCAAUGCCAGCACAUUUCCAGAAACAGCUCCCAGUGCUCCUAGAGAUAUAGCAUUUGCAAAUGUACAAUCAACACGUGUGACCUUGAGAUGGAGAAUGCCAGUUACUAUCUUUGGCUACUUUCAAAACUACAAGAUUACCGCACAGUUACGAUCUGUCCACUGCAUUAACUGGGAAGCUGUUGAAUGUAUUGAAUAUGAGAAGGAGCAAUAUUCCUAUCUUGCUGGAGAUUUUACAGAGGAAACAGUGUAUGAUCUGAAAAAAUUCAGAUGGUAUAGAUUUAGAGUUUCUGCUAGCACGAAUGCUGGUUAUGGCAGCUCUUCACCUUGGAUUUCUACACAAACUCUUCCUGGCUUUCCAGAUGCUCCUCCAGAAAAUGUAACUGUAGUAGUUACAUCUCCUUAUAGUAUUAAUAUCAGCUGGAAUGAGCCUGGCAUCAUUACAGGACCAACAUUCUACCUCAUUGACAUUACCUCAGUGGAUACAGAUGACUAUAAAGCUUCAUUUGUCAAAACAAAUGAUGAGGAUAAAACCCUUAAUAUUUCAGGCUUAAGGGCAUUCACAAGGUAUUCUGUAGUAGUCACUGCCUUUACAGGAGAUAUACAUGCUGCACAUAUUGAAGGCAAGUCUAGCACGUCUGUUAUUGUUUCCACUUUUGAAACAGUGCCUAGAGAACCACUUAACAACAUAACAUUUCAGAAGAUACCUGAUGAAGUAACGAAAUUUCAGAUGACUUUUAUACCACCGUCUGAACACAAUGGCAAUAUUCAGGUAUAUCAAGCUAUGGUGUACAAAGAAGAUGACCCAACUGUCUUCCAGGUCUAUAAUUUAAGUAUUGUAGACAGAACAAACAAGUCAGUCACUGCCAUGAUAGAAGGACUAAAAGGAGGACAUACAUAUAAUAUCAGUGUGUAUGCCAUCAAUGGUGCUGGUGCAGGGCCAAAGAUUCAACUCAAAAUCACAACAGACAUUAAAGAACCAUCAAGGCCAAGUAAGAGGCCAAUGCCAGUUUAUGAUACCAGUGGAACUCUACUUGUCACCGCUACAACAAUUACAAUUCGUAUGCCAGUUUGCUAUUAUAAUGAUGAUCAUGGGCCUAUCAAGAAAAUACAAAUUCUUGUUGCAGAAGCAGGAGUUCAGCAUGAUGGCAAUGUAACUAAGUGGUAUGAUGCCUACUUCAAGAAACCAAGACCUUAUUUUGUAAAUGAGGGCUUUCCAAACCCUCCAUGUACAGAAGGAGAUGAAGGACUAAGCAGUAAAGAAGAAGAUAUGUAUGUAAUAGGGGCAGAUAGUACAUGUAUGAUACCAGGAAGUGAAGAAAAAAUUUGUAAUGGCCCAUUGAAGCCCAGAAAACAGUACUUAUUUAAGUUCAGGGCUACAAAUAUCAAAGGCCAAUUUACAGAUUCAGACUACUCGGAUCCCAUCAAAACUUUAGGUGAUGGACUGUCUGAAAGAGCUGUAGAAAUAAUACUUGCAGUUACUUUGUGUAUACUCUCUGUAAUUCUUCUUGUGGCUGCAAUUUAUGCUUUUGCAAGAAUACGACAAAAGCAAAAAGAAGGAGGCACAUACUCUCCACGGGAUGCAGAAAUUAUUGACACUAAAUUCAAGCUAGAUCAGUUGAUCACAGUGGCAGACCUGGAAAUGAAGGAUGAGAGAUUUACACGAUAUUCUUCCUUUUUCUUUAGACGCAAGGAGAUAUUUGUCAUCCAGUUACUUAGUUAUAGAAAAUCCAUCAAGCCAAUAGGCAAGAAAUGUUUUCUACAACAUGUUGAAGAGCUUUGUACAAACAACAACCUAAAGUUUCAGGAAGAAUUUUCGGAACUUCCCAAGUUUCUUCCAGAUCUUGCCUCAGCCGAUGCGGACCUUCCUUGGAACAGAUCUAAAAAUCGUUUUCCAAACAUCAAGCCGUAUAAUAAUAACAGAGUGAAGCUAAUGCCUGAUGCUAGUAUACCUGGAUCUGAUUACAUCAAUGCCAGCUAUGUGUCUGGCUACUUAUGUCCAAAUGAAUUUAUUGCUACUCAAGGACCAUUACCAGGCACGGUGGGGGAUUUCUGGAGAAUGGUAUGGGAAACCAGAGCAAAAACACUUGUCAUGCUUACUCAGUGUUUUGAAAAAGGACGGAUAAGAUGUCAUCAGUACUGGCCUGAAGACAACAUACCAGUGACUGUUUUUGGAGAUAUAGUGAUUACUAAAUUAGUGGAAGACAUUCAAAUAGACUGGACCAUCAGAGAUCUAAAAAUUGAAAAGCAUGGGGAUUGUAUGAUGGUACGUCAGUGUAACUUUACUGCCUGGCCUGAACAUGGAGUACCUGAAACAAGUGUAUCGUUAGUCCAUUUUGUAAAGCUGAUCCGUGCCAGCCGAGCACAUGAUAGUACACCCAUAGUUGUUCACUGCAGUGCUGGAGUUGGAAGAACAGGAGUUUAUAUUGCCCUCGACCAUUUAACGCAGCAUAUAAAUGACCAUGACUUUGUGGAUAUUUAUGGACUUGUAGCAGAGCUGAGAAGUGAAAGAAUGUGUAUGGUACAGAAUCUGGCACAAUAUAUUUUUUUACACCAGUGUGUUUUGGAUUUACUGACGAUCAAGAGGAGCAGCCAGCCUGUAUGUUUUGUUAAUUAUUCAGUACUACAAAAGAUGGACUCUUUGGAUGCCAUGGAAGGUGAUGUGGAACUAGAGUGGGAAGAAACUACCAUGUAAAUAUACGGAUGAAACCUUAUUUUGUUUCAAGAAACAAAUGGUAUUUUUUUUAACAUCAGGGGCCAAAAUAUAUCCCCUUCUUACAAUUAAAUAAGAGCAAAGAGUCGUUUUGUAAAAAAUAAAAUAAAAAGUUAUAGUUUAUACUCUAUUUAUGUGCCUUCACAAAUACUAUAAAUUAUUAAAUGAUACUUUUAUACAGAGUGCAGUCCUAUUAUUAUAAUAAAAAUAUUGUAUGCAAUGCUUGCAGUCCGGCAAUAUUUCAUCACAAUUAAGUCCUGUUGACAUCAAUUGAACCUAAACAUUUAACUGUAUGUUUUGUCCCACCAAUUUCAUUGGAAUUUAGGGCUGAAUUAGAUUUAUCUAAUUAAUGUUUCCAUGUCCUUUUCUCUCCUUUUCCUAGUAACAUCUCGUACAAUAAUAACCUAUGAUAAGAUAUCACUACUGUACAUAUUCAUGCUACCAAAAGCUAAUGACAUGUGGUGGGCAGACAAAUAUACAGUGCAGUGUAACACCAUCACAUCAUAACACUAGAAGCCAGGGUCACCCAAGGCCUGUUCAGGCAUUCUGUAUCUAAAUAAGGUAAACAUGCACCAAGAGGGAAUGCUCCUUGCCCCUCUCCUUCAUCACAUUCAUUGGCUUCCACUCUUGCAGGGCGACUGUCUGAAGAGGAGAGCUUCUUGUAUCCAUGGAGGCUCUCCACGCAAGCCAGAACACUGAUUUCCCAGUGUUCUGGCUCCCAUGGGAGAGCCAUGAUGGAUAGAGGAGGCCCUCCUGUUCAGAGAGUCACCCUCCAUGAGUAGAGGGCAAUGAACAUGAA